CCCAUUGGAAAAUGUCACGUCUUUAUGAAUCGUUUGAGAAUUCCAAGUAUAACUACGGGAGUCUACAGCGAAUUCCUCUCCCUGACAGCAUUUGGAUCCUAAUAGAUACACUUCUUAUGAUAAUGGAGACAGCUGUUGUUUUUCUCUUGAUUACUUUCGU